AUGUCGUCCCAGGCGGAGGAAAACUCGCAGCCUCCACUAUCUUCCCUAGCAGUGGCUACGUCUGAGAGCGCUCGUCAGAGGCGGAAGAUUGCUCAAUUGGAGGAGAAGCUCCAACUGCUCGAGUCGGGGCAGGCGAUGAAGCAAAGGGAAACUAACUACUAUAUGUCGAAAGGAAGAGCUAUCAGGAGAAUCGUUACUUUAUAUGAUACCAUCGAGGACCUGAUCAGCGAGAACGAUAGGAGGUGUGACAGCAAUGACGACAAGGUGACUCCCGAGUUAGUGCAGGAUCGCUUGCAAAUGGGAUAUAUAGCUCUCAACAACGCUCUCCCCUGGUUUCAUGAAAGGGCGACAGAGCUGGAGCACGAUGAAUACGUGCAUAUGUUGAAAAAGCUUAGGCAGGGAGCGGACAGUGCUCGAGGAGACGACACCUCUAAGCUCAAGAGUCUCGUCCCUGACUGGAUCAAUCGGGAACUCAAGCCAAAUCCCCCAAUUGACCGCGAGGAUAAAUACUGUCGUGGAUUCGUCAACGAUGCAUGCGGCCAACUGCUCUGCCCGACCGAACUAGACUGGAACAAUCCAACUGUCAGAGCAGGAAUCAGGGAUCGCCUAGAAGGUUACAUCGUGACAGAAAUGUCCUGGCCAGCAUUUCUUUACCAAGGGUACACUGCUGAUGCGAACAACCUGGAGGAGGGUCUCUUCAAAAGCAGACUUUUGGUUCAGGCGUUUAAAGCCAUAUUCACCUCUCCCUCUUCCGCAAAGGAAGUGGCCGCUGACGGCGAUGGCACCAACAUCACUGAAAACAAUAGGCGUGCUAAGAAAGAUAUUUCUGGCAAGAAGGUCAAGACCCACUUGCGAUUUGCGUUAUCGUCGGUAACUUCGUGGCGCUCGAUGGACGGUGACUUCGACUACGUCCAGUUCUGGUGCAAUGUCGUGAACUUUUUUGAAAGGGCCCCUGGUCGAGCAGCGCAGCGCAAUGUUGACUGUCUCCUGAAAUGGUGGACUAGGAAGGUCUUUGGAACUAGUCAUUGCGCGGAACUCAGCGACACGGCGAAGGCUAAGAUGUCCGUAAAUGCUCUCGCUAUGCAGAGGGCGCAACUGGACGACGCCCUUUUCGAUUCAGACUAG